CCUAGGUUGAAAUACUUGCUUGUUCUCUACCUGAAAAGUUUGCCCCAACCCCUCUGCUGUAACCAUAUAAGUACUGGAGUCUGGUAGCCCCAAUCGGGUACCAAUCAUUUUUGAAUUAGUAGACCAGCAAGGGUUCUUCCUCUACAUCUCGAUCUGCAUCACCUAUAGUUCCCAUAACCACUUACACAACUAAUGCGCCUUCACAAUGAGACGACAACUCCUCUCAACCCGCAAAAUAUGGCUGACCAUCUCCCUCUUCUCCACCUUCGCAGCCUCGCAAUCUAAACGCGGCCUCGGCGACACAGGCGGCACCCAAACAUCCGAUGACAACCUCCUCCUUUCGGCCAACUCGCCCAUAUCCUGGUACUUCACCUGGUCCCUCUACACCUCGCAAUACUUCAACGACUCCAUCUCCUUCGUGCCGCUCAUCCAUGGCCUCGACGACGCCUCCAGCGACGACCUGGCUACGAACCUGGAUAGCCUCCCAGUUUCGUCUACUCACCUCCUCACCUUCAAUGAACCCGACGGCACUACGGGGUCGGGCGGGAGCUCAAUUUCACCUAAGGAUGCGGCACAAAGCUAUAUUGAUAAUGUCGUGCCUCUGCGCAGUGGAGAUGGACGGACUUGGAAUAUCAGCCACCCUGUCGUGACGGGGUCGAGUCAGGGGCUUGAUUGGCUGACUAGCUUCAAUGAGAGUUGCUGGGACAUUGACAGUGAGAAUGGGUGUCCGGCGGACUUUGUCGCUGUGCAUUGGUACGGUGACUUCGCGGGGUUGUCGUGGUGGUUAGAUCAAAUCAGUGACUUUUAUAAUCCAUCUUCGACGACGACGGGGCUGAAGCUGUGGAUCACGGAAAUGGCGAUUCCCAAAAAGGACGAGGAUGAUACGAUUUCCAUGUUGAACCAGAGUAUUACGUAUCUGGAUGGCCUGGAUGAUGUGGAGGGGUAUGCGUGGUUCGGAGCUUUUAGGGCGGAUAAGGCGAAUGAUUGGACGGGAGACAACGUUUCCUUGUUUGAUGACGAUGGCGGGUUGACGGAGUUGGGGGCUUUGUACCUUGGGGGGAAGGAUAACGGUUUCGAGAAGGGGAUGAAAGGAGAAGGGAACGACAGUGCGGCGGUUAGUAAUGCGGUCUCAAUGUGGGCUGUGGGUGUGGCGGGUUUGGCUGCUUUGGUGGUGGGCAUGUGGUAGGAGUAGUGCUUGUGUGUGAUGGGAUACCCAUUCUGUUUUAGCAUAGCGGGUGCAUAUCUGGGUGUCUUGGUUAUGACGACUAUAUAGCAGCUGGUUCUGCAGCAGGGGGUAGUUAGACGCAUGAUAGUGACGAAUCCAUUUUUUAGACGAGUUACGGCUUGUUCUCU